UGAUUCACUGGAAACAGAAAGAAAAUGAAGAGUCAACAUGAGAGAAGAGUUAUGAAAUGUUGAACAGGAUCCAGAUGUGUUGAUGAGGAGAUGACUGACGGAGGACGACGGUUUCACUCAGCGGGACAGAAGACGGAUUCUACUUCAACAAGGACGACAGACGGAGAGACGCCGUCGCCAUGACGACAGACUACGAGUAUGAGAACAAGAUAGACAGCACCGCCCUCUGGACCAAAGAGGAUCUUCCCGUCUCUCUCUCCAGGUGGAGACGCUGGUUGUUUCCUGUUCUGACGGCGUCAGUCAUCCUGGUUCUGAUCAUAGUACUAGGAGUCAGCAACACGAAGACGGCAAAUCGUCUGUGGUCUGCAGAGCAGAGAGCGUCCAACCUGAGUGACGUCAUCCAAUCACUGAACGCCUCACUGCAGCACGCUCAAGAAACGGCUAAACAAGUCGUGCAGAUGCAGUUUGCUGUGGAGAACAACAAGGACCAGCUGGCCACAGUGGCGGAGGCGUUGAAGCAGCUGUCAAUCGUGGACUCUCUCAGCAAGAGCGUCGCUACGCUCAAAUGUUCCCUCGAACACAUCAUCAACAACAGCUCAGCAGGGGUCGGUUGCUGUCCAAUAGGUUGGGAACAGUUUGGCCUCAACUGUUACUUCUUCAGCAGUUUGACUCUGUCCUGGAAUGAGUCCAGAGUCUGGUGUGACAAACAGAAAGCUCACCUGCUCAUAGUCCACACCGACAAGGCAUGGGACUUUGUGACGCGUCGUACCGUUCAUGAGAUGUUCUGGGUUGGUCUGUCCGACUGGAGGACCGGGCGCUGGGAGUGGGUCAACCAGACGCCGUACAACAUAGAGCGCAGGCGCUGGGUACCCGGUCAGCCCGACGGCUGGACCGGUCACGGUAUGGGCCACGGCGACGAAGACUGUGGUCACCUGCACUACGAUGGACGCCUCAACGACGUGCACUGCACCACCAAGAUGCGCUUCAUCUGCCAUAAACACAGCAUGCGUGCCUAAACAGCUCCGCCCACACACCGCCGAAGAGUUAACCAGAACACCGCCGAAGAGUUAACCAGAACACCGCCGAAGAGUUAACCGGAACACCGCCAAAUGAUCUGUACUUUUACCGACACUUCAACUCCUUUUAGUGCUUCAAGUUCAGCUUUUGCUCCCACAUAAAUACACAUUUUAAGAUAUCUCAUCUUUUCCAAUAGCUUCAGCUGCAGUUUUCCAGCUACUGAUAAUAAUAAUUGUAAUAAUUAUAAUAAAAUGUGACGUCAUUGUAAACUUGCUUGAAUGAAUAUAAAUGUAAUCAUGUGUUUUAGGGGAAUAAAGUUUCACAGUGAUUAAAAUUAAAA